UCAGCUGUCAAGUUCCUAUCAUGGAUGUAUUUAGUUCGACCCUCUAAAGAGUUUUCCCUCCUUCACCUUCUCAAUCUACUUGCGAUUUUUGACUUAUUGUGAGAGAAAUACAGGCAAACAUGUCUCUCUUUCUAACCCGCUUUACGGUGAGGAAUGCACCUCACGGUGUUAAGUCGUUCUCUACCAGCGUCGCGUCUCGUGCUGGUGUCAACAAGGUUAUGCUUGUCGGGAAUGUGGGCCGCGAUCCCGAGUUUCAAGAAUUUGCACCCAAGGAAGGGCAGAACGCAACCCGCUCAGGAUACUGGCGAUUUACAGUGGCCACCAAUAAACGGUCCAAAAGGGAUGACGGCACUUUCCGUGAAGACACGCAAUGGCACAGAAUAACUGUCCGUAACACCUAUUUGAAUGAUAGGGUCAAAAAGGGAGCUGUAGUCGCCGUCGAGGGAGAAAUCCGCUACUGGCAAAGCGAAAAUGGAAGAAGCGGAACGGAGAUUGUGAACGGUAGACACCAUGCUCCGAUUGCUGUAAUCAAGCAAGCGACCAGAUUCGAAGACCCAACGGGAUCAUAUGGCUCGCAUGCAGGCGAAAGACAAUAAUAGCUAGCUUGGAUUGUGACUAUCUGUAAUGUAGGAAUAAGAAUAACCGCCUCCUUUCUCUGAAUGCGGCAAAGCAAUUCAAAA